AUGUUAAACGCUUUCAGAAUUCUGGGAGAUUUCUCCCAUUUGGCCUCCAUUCUGAUAUUGCUGCACAAGAUGACGGAACUCAACGGCUGCGCCGGUAUCUCGUUCAAGUCUCAGGCUCUCUACUUCAUCGUCUACAUCACUCGAUACCUUGAUCUAUUCAGCACCGAGUCGCUCUACAAUAUCAUCUUCAAGAUUCUGUUCAUCGGCAGCCAGGGUUACAUCAUUUACCUGAUGACCACCAAGUACAAGGCCACGACCGACCCGAACCUCGAUACCUUCCGCGUCCAGUAUCUUUUGGGCGGAGCUGCCGUCCUUGCCAUCCUGCUACCCUACAAGUACACUUUCAACGAGAUUCUCUGGGCCUUCUCCAUCUGGCUCGAGGCUGUCGCCAUUCUACCCCAGCUCUUCAUGCUGCAACGCACUGGUUCCGCCGAGACCAUUACGACUCAUUAUCUGUUUGCCCUCGGUGCCUACCGCGCCCUGUACAUCCCCAACUGGCUCUGGAGGUACUUUACCGAGCCCAAGCAUCAUGUGGACUGGAUUGCCGUCGUCGCUGGUCUCAUUCAGACCGUCCUCUACUCGGACUUUUUCUGGAUUUACUACAACAAGGUCGUCAAGGGCAUGAAGUUCAAGCUCCCUGUCUAA